AUGGGUCUGAUAGAGAAGCUCCAAGCCAGACUUGAGCUCUACCGUCUUGAGCAGCGCUACACCCGCCGCGAAAAGCGUACCACCUUCUUCAGCGAUGCCCAGUAUGUGGACGGCGAGUACGUCUAUGCAUCGUCUCCCACAUCGACCAAGUCCUCGUCAUCGAACUCGUCAUCGACGAACAGCCGACGCUUUAGCAAGGCACCCGUGGUUAGGAUAAAGGAGCUCGCAAGGGUCGGAUCAGGUCGGUCGUAA